CGCACUCUAAAAACAGUCGAGCCGAAGAUGGCGACGUGCGAGUGGCGGUGUCGGUGCGGUGUUUAAGAGAAAGGACCAUGUUGCCGCAGUGUUCGCAGUGUUUCCGUAAUCCGCGUUGAGUUCGGUGCAAAUGUAGGAAUGUCAGAAGCUAAAAGGGUACCUUUACAGACCUUGGAGUUUCCGGAGUCCUUGGGCUACGCCACGAAAAAGGAGAAAAAAGGAGAAAAGGGCAAACAACUCGCGCCCUCCUUCCGCUUCACACUUACCCUGCCAGAGUCGAACGAGAAGGCAUGUCCUGAGUUCAACUAUGCACAACUCCUCAAAGCAGCCGAGAAAAAACGUAGGAAAGAGUUAAAACGAGGAGAUGAAAAUGCAACCAAUGGAUUAUCUUUUGAUGAUGACGAUGACGAUGAUAAACUACGAGAUAUGGCAAGACGGUUUGAAGCGAAAUAUGGAACUUCUACCAUGGGCAAAAAAAGACAUAAAUAUGAUGAUUACGUGGAUUUGGGAGCUGGAUAUGAUGAAAAUGAUUCCUUCAUCGACAAUACUGAUGCGUAUGAUGAAAUUGUACCAGAGGAGAUGACUACAGCACAUGGAGGGUUUUAUAUUAAUUGUGGAGCUCUUGAAUUUACAUCAGCUGAUCAGCAUGGAUUGGUUCACAAUAAUAAUAACAAUAAUCAAAGCAAUGAUGAUGAAAGCAGUGAGAGUAGUGAAGAGGAUACAGAAGAUGUGGACAGUCCUAAAAGAUCUGAGAAACGAAAUAUCAGUUCAUCGGAUGAAGAUGAUACUGAAGAUAUUAUUGGUGAUCAACCAAGAAAAAAACAAAAGAUAGAUGAAAAUGGAGAGAAAAAGCAAACUCAUGAAAAUAUUAUUAAAAAAAAGAAAAGGCAACAAAAUUCCCAAGAUCAACAAAAUUUUCAACAAGAUGGAGAUUUAAAUAGACGGAAAGAGAAGGGAGAAACUACAGAUGCUGAAGUUUCAGAAGAUCAAGAAGAUAAAAAGAAAUCUGAUAAGAUCGAUACACAAAAAAGUAAAAACGCGCCAGAUAAAAAGUUUGACAUAAAAAGGUUUGAAAAAAAGACAUCAAAUACUAACGGUUUCGAUAACAAAAAGUUAGAGCUAAAAAAAUUAGGUGGUAAGGAUAGUAACAUUGAUGAUGCAAUAGAGAGUGUAGUGAAUGCUGCAAGAGUUGAGGAUGAAUCAAGUAGGGAUACAACAGAUUCUGGCAAAUCUCGAUGUAUAGGUACAGAAUCUGAAUGCGAUGAUAUCGAUAAAGAAGAAGCACCAUUACCUGAAUCUCUUCCAGAAAAUGUUGUAGAAAUAGUUAAUAAGUUGAAAACAUGUGCAGAAAACAGUAAAGAAGGGAAAACUAAAUUUUUCAAUGUAACAGUAAAUACAUUAUUGCUAAGUUUAGAAAAAAAAUUGAGAGAUCUUUCCCCUAUAAGUUUGAGGUUAGAAACGUAUGGGCAUCUCGCACGAUUUUUACCAUGUAGUAAAGGAGCACUUCAAAAUAGAGCAAAGAAAUUAUUUAUACAAGAUCUCGAACACAAAACUAAGGAUCUUAUACAGAGGUUAAAAACAGUGAUUGAUGAAAUAAUGUCAAUGUGCAAAUAUGUAGAUGAGUGUAAAAAAGUGGCUGAAGGAAAUCCUCAUUUAUACUGGGAUAUAUACCGGUACUGUUGGGAAGUAGAAGGACCACCUGAAGAUGUUGAAAGUUCUGAUGAUGAAGAAAUUUGUGAGGACAUAGAUAAGCCGAAAAUUCCUAAGAAACAAUUCCCUUGGACUGUAGAAGCAAAAAAACUUGUAUCUGAAAUUGCAAGUAUAAAAAAUCAUUGUUACAAUGUUUUAAGACCAAGAAAAACAAGUAGCUACACUUAUGUUGGAAACUUUAUGAUUCGUCAAGUUUUACCAUUAUGGCCACAUGGCUACAUGACAGCAGAAGCUUUAUUAAAGUUUGUUCAUGAGGUUGAACCUGCGACAAAAAAGAAAACAAAAAAACUGAAAGAAGUUGGUAAUGGUAAUACUAAUUCUUCAGAAAAUGUGAUUUACAGUUCUGCAAGAAUUGACUCGUCAAGUAUAAAUGUUGCAUCACAAGAAAAGGUCUCAGCGAAUGUAUCUAAAAUUCAAAAUGCAACAGAAAAUUCUACUAGUUAUGUAAAACAAGGAACUACAAAAUCAAGUGAUAAUAUAGAAAAAAAGCAACAUAGUAUAAAAAAUAAAGAUAGGAAUAAAGAUAUUAGUAAUUCGGGACAGUAUCACGAGAAUUCAACAAUUGCAGCUAAUAAUUCCAGUGUAGGUAAAAUUUCUGUUGUGCCUACGGCUCAGCUAAUGGCUCAAAAACCAGUUAAAAGUCACGUAGAAAAGAUUAAUUUUAUGGAUCUAGUUAAUAGUUCUCUUUCUAUUACACCGGUUAAUGAUUUUCACAAGUCAUCUACGAAGAUAAGUGAAAACAAAAAGGAUGUAGUUUCUAUUACUGCUUAUCCUGAAACUUCGAAUGUUCUUCCAAAUACAAAUGAAGUGCCUCAAAGUGGACAUCAUUCCGUGCACAGACAGGAAGCUUCAUACUCAUGUACACAGUCACAACAGUCUAACUGUUCUGCAUUGAGUCAAGCACCUUCACUUUCUAAAGCUUUAAAACACAGACUGCUACAUGAGAACACUGACAUAAAAAAUGAUAAAAAAUUAGAAGAUAAAGAUGUUGAUUUGGCUAAUAAGACUGAAAAGAAGGAUAAAAAGCGGGAGCGAUGUGCGGAAGGUAAACACAAAUCGCAUGAUGUUAAAAAGAAGAAAAAGGAUCAAAAAGUAUUAGAUAAACAAGUAGGAUAUGUUAAUUCGGAUGUAGUGCCUAUACAGCAACAGCAGCAGCAACAACCAUCACUUACGAAAGAAGAACAGGAACAGAGACAAAAUGAAGAAACAAUUGCUGCUACUAAUUAUUUAAGUCAAAUUUUUAAUGACGAUACAUCAUCAAGAGGGAUAUCAUCAGACAAACGAAAAGACACUGGACUUAUUUUGGAUGAUCCAGUAGGCAACGCAGUGCAACCAACGGAACAAGAAAAAGAUGUUCAAAUGGUGAUGAGGUCGUUAAAAGAAUUGCAAGAAUUACAAGAAAUGAAGUAUUCACCAAGUAAUUCACCAAUUAGUAGUAAUAUACAAAAACUUAAUAAGUCGAAUACACAAUGUGCUACUUAUCAAGAUGAAUAUUCACGCUUAUAUCUAAAAAAAGACGUUAAACUAAAGUCUAAAGAGGAAUCACAAUGGUAAUAUUAACAGUGUGCACUAUAGACGUAAAUUAUGUUGAACAGAAUGAAAAUGCCAGUGAACAGAUAAUAAUUUCAUAGAGAUCUAUAGGCGGAUUUUUGAGUAGAUCUGUAUUAUUUUUGAUGAAUAACAAAUUAGUGUGAAAUUAAUCAGAACUUCUUCCAUUAUUACAAGUCGCGAUAUUAUCGACGACCAAAAUCAUAUGCAACAGACAAAUAGCGUGCCGCGAUCGCAUUGAUCGCAUGAAUUUUUAAAUAUUUUAACAAACCGCCAAAUUCUGUAAAUAUAUUCAUUCGUAGUAAUUUGAAAAAGCGCGUGUACAGAGUAAGCAUAAAUUAUGGAAGUAUAAUAAUCAUAUAAACCUUUGUAAAUAAGUUAACGUCCAUUCAUCGUCGUGAAUGGGGUGGUCUAUGAAGAUACAAUUUUUUUUUUUUAUCUGACGGCGUAAUCGCUUAAUGAUUUUAAUUAUCUGUCAAUAAUUAAAAGUCUUUGGUAUAUGAUAAAUUGUGUACCAAUGCAAUGUUUUAAUCUGAAAUGAAUUGUAAAGUGUUUUUUUUUUUUUUUAAGUUUGCGUCAGAAUACAAGAAUGGGUGGGAUAAUAAAUUUAUUUUUUCAUAGCAGCUAAAAAAUACAUAAUAAACACUUAACCACCCUAAAUCACAAAGUGAUAAACAAUGUUUUGAACGGUGUUUCUUUUGCGCACGAACGGUUAUUAUCAUUUUGAUGAAAUGAUACUAAGAGCGAUGAUGAUGUGUACGUAUAUUUUUCGACAUAUAUUCGGAAUUAAAAUCAUUGCCUUCCAAUUUAAUUUGGACGCACAAGCAAACCGUUUAAUUUGCUUGUUAAAUGCAAAAUGGCAAAUGGAUGGCAAACUACUGUUAUAUUAUCCCACAAUUUAUAAACGUAAAAAAGAGAAAUAGUCUAAUGUGUUUAAUGUAUUUAAUACUGAACACUUUUAGAAGCUUUAGCUAGAAUAAUUAUUAAAUUGCGUUCAUAAAUUAUAAACGUUCAUAAAUUGUAUAAUUGGUAUGUGACUUAAUUGAAUCUGUUGAUUUAAUAAUCACAGCGUAAGAGCGAAUGUGCGUGAAAGUACUGUUUAGAAAGAGCUACGAUAUUUUUGGAACACGAAGAUGAUUAGUGAUUGUAUUAUAUACCAUACAUUCUUUCCCCUCCCAUCUUACCCUUACAAUACUUAGAGUAUAAUUAAGCGUCUUGUACAAUUCUUCAUUGAGAAUUUCCACGAAGACGACUUAAAAUAUAAGUUUUGAAUAUUUUUUACAA